AUGUCGAGCGAUAGCAACGAUCUAGACGAAGAUGAGCUUCUUCAAAUGGCGUUGAAGGAGCAAGCUCAAAGAGAUCUCACCUAUCAGAAACCUCCUUCUUCCUCAGCGAAUCGAAAGCCUGUUGCUAAUUUAGUGCAGCAGCCUCGUCAGCAGAAACCGGUGGCUUCCGCUCCGUCUAAGAAACCUGCGGCGGUUAGGAAACCUUCCAUGGAUGAGGACGAUGAGUCGGAGGUUGAAUUGCUUAGUAUUUCGAGCGGUGAUGAUGAUUUGGAAAGGGAAAAGGAAAGAGGUAGUUCCGCUGGUGGUGGUCCGGGGAAAGGAAGAGGAAGCGAUGUUCGAGAGAAGGGAAGACCGAGGAAGGAAGAUGAUGGAGCUUGGGAUGGAGAGGAGCCCGAUUGUUGGAAACGGGUUAAUGAAGCUGAGCUUGCUCGUAGAGUUCGUGAUAUGCGGGAAUCGAGGACCGCACCUGUGGUUCAGAAAUUAGAGGGUAAGGUAACUGCACCUGGCAAGAAAGCGGUUCUGACUAGUUUGCAAUCACUCCCUCGUGGCAUGGAGUGUAUUGAUCCACUAAAAUUAGGGAUAAUAGACAACAAGACACUGAGAUUAAUCACUGAGUCGUCAGGCAGCCCAUCAAAAGCUGAGAAAGUGGAUAAUACUCUUCGGGAAAAGUUGAUUUACUUCUCUGAUCAUUUCGAUCCGAAGCUGUUUCUUUCUCGCAUUCACCAAGACACGAGUGCAGCAGAUUUGGAGGCUGGUGCCCUUGGCCUGAAAAGUGACUUGAAGGGUCGGAAUCUGCAGAGGAAACAAUUGGUAAAGGACAAUUUUGACUGCUUCGUCUCAUGUAAAACUACUAUUGAUGAUAUUGAGUCAAAACUGAAGCGGAUUGAAGAAGACCCUGAAGGAUCAGGAACUACUCAUUUGUUCAAUUGUAUGAAAAGUGUGACAUCAAGGGCCAAUCUUGCAUUCGAGCCUCUUUUUGAAAGACAGGCUCAAGCUGAGAAAAUCAGGUCUGUGCAAGGAAUGCUUCAGAGAUUCCGGACACUCUUCAAUUUACCCAGUAUCAUUCGUAGCAGUAUUAGCAAGGGUGAAUAUGACUUGGCUGUUCGAGAAUACAAGAAGGCGAAAUCUAUUGCUCUCCCUUCUCAUGUAAAUAUACUCAAGCGUGUACUCGAGGAGGUUGAGAAAGUUAUGCUGGAAUUUAAAGGCACACUUUACAAGUCUAUGGAAGAUCCAAAGAUAGACUUUACAAGUCUGGAAAACACUGUAAGACUUUUGCUGGAGCUGGAACCCGAAUCUGAUCCUGUGUGGCAUUAUCUAAAUGUUCAGAAUGAAAGGAUCCAUGGCUUGCUUGAGAAGUGUACAUAUGAUCAUGAAGCAAGGGUGGAAAUUUUGCGUAAAGAGACUCAUGAGAGAGCCAUCUCAGAUGCGAAGUGGCAACAAAUUCAACAAAAUGCCGUUCCAUAUUCAGAUGCUGCCUCUUCUAAUGAAAAUAAUGAAGUUCAAGUUGACCUACAAUCACUGGAGUUUCCCAGCGAAGAGAUUGAUGCUUUGAAGGGGAGAUACAUCAAAAGAUUGACUGCUGUGCUUGUGCAUCAUAUCCCUGUGUUUUGGAAAACAGCUAUAUCAAUUUUCACUGGAAAAUUUGCCAAGUCCUCCCAAGUUACUGAUACUUCAGCCAAUAAAGCGGAGGAGAAGGUCACGGAGGCAAGGUAUUCAACUCAUUCUUUGGAAGAAGUUGCUGCGAUGAUACGCAAGACGAUUUCUGUCUAUGAAGGAAAGGUGCACAGCACAUUUUGUGAUUUUGAUGAAUCAUGCAUUCUCCGCCCAUUUAUGAGUGAUGCCAUCAAGGAAGUCUCAAAAGCAUGCCAAGCUUUUGAAGCCAAAGAGUCAGCGCCCCACAGUGCUGUCGUUGCACUAAGAAAAGUCCAGGCGGAAAUCACUAAAAUUUAUAUCCAAAGGCUUUGCUCUUGGAUGAGGGCAUCCACAGAAGCAAUAUCAAAAGAGGAGAUGUGGAUCCCGGUUUCUAUUCUCGAAAGGAAUAGAUCUCCUUAUGCCAUCUCUUACUUGCCUCUUGCAUUCCGUUCAGUUAUUGUCUCCGGGAUGGAACAAAUCAAUCUGAUGAUUUUGUCUGUAAAAGGUGAAGCUGCUAAAUCAGAAGAUAUGUUUGCCCAGAUUGAGGAAAUCCUGAUAUCUGUUAGACUGGCUUUUUUGAACUGCUUUCUGGAUUUUGCUGCACACUUGGAGCAAAUUGGUGCUGAUCUUUCCCAAAGCACCUCAAAACAAGAAAAUUGGAAAAACGGAUAUUCUGAUGAUCAUCAGGAAGUACCUUCAGCCAAUGCCUAUGGAAGUGUUGUUGAUCCUCACAGGCGGUUGUUGAUGGUCUUAAGUAAUAUUGGUUAUUGCAAAGAUGAACUUGCUUCCGAGCUUUACAAGAAGUUCAAAUAUACCUGGUUGCAGUCUAGGGACAAAGACGAAGACAGCAGCGAUCUUCAAGAUCUAAUAAUGUCUUUCUCUGGUCUUGGAGAGAAGGUCCUCGAGCAUUACACUUUUGCUAAGGCAAAUUUGAUCAGAACAGCUGCGACAAAUUAUUUGCUGGACUCUGGUAUCCAAUGGGGAUCAGCACCUCAAGUGAAAGGCAUACGAGAUGCUGCUGUUGAGCUCUUACACACUCUAGUAGCUGUCCAUGCAGAGGUCUUUGCGGGUGCCAAACCCCUGCUAGACAAGAUUCUUGGUGUUCUGAUAGAAGGUCUAAUCGACACUUUCCUCAGUCUUGUGGAAGAAAACAGAUCAGAUGAUCUGAGAUUAAUUGAUGCAAAUGGUUUCUGUCAACUAAUGUUUGAGCUUGAAUAUUUUGAGACAGUACUGAAUCCAUAUUUUACAAGCGAUGCGACCGCGUCUCUUAAAUCUCUACAAGGAACUGUUUUGGAGAUAGCUAUAGAGAGCAUCAGUGAAGCAGUUGAUACAACCCCAGGGCAUAAUCGCAGACCAACUCGUGGCAGCGAAGACACAGUUUCAGAUGACAAACAAGGAUCAUCUGUUUCCGCCGAUGACCUCCUCGCUUUGACGAAGCAGUGUUCAAGCGAAUUGCUACAAACAGAGUUGGAGAGAACUCGUGUGAACACAGCAUGCUUCGCGGAGUCAACCCCGUUAGAGCCAACGGCUCCAUUACCCAGAGCUUCUUACUCUUCCUUCAAAGGAUCAAUGGAUUCUCCAAGCAGAAACUACAGAGGCUCACAGUCAUCUGGUUCUCCAAUACAAUCCCGACCUAGACGAAGAUAA